AUGGUAAUUUGGCUCCAUCCGGAUGAUAAACCAAAGACAAUUCAACAAGUAGAUCAAAUAAUUUCAGCUGAGAUUCCAUACAAACAACAAGAUCCUCAUGGAUACGAUGCUGUGCAAAAAUUUAUGAUACAUGGACCGUGUGGUAAACUAAAUAUGUUAUCUCCCUGCAUGGAUUUGGAACGCAAUGCUUGCACACGCCAUUACCAAAAAAGGUACUCUCAAGAAACAUCAUUUGAUGAAAAUGGAUAUCCAGUGUAUAGACGGCGCAAAACAAACCACACAGUCAGAAGGAAUAAUGUAGAGCUCGACAAUCGGUGGGUCUUCCAAUAUAACAGAGACCUAUUGGUAAAGUUUCUGUGUCAUAUAAAUGUCGAAGUAUGCAAUCACUCAAGGAGUAUCAAAUACCUAUUUAAAUACUGCAUGAAAGGUCAUGAUAGAGCUACUAUGUUAUUGGUCAAAGCAAAAGAAAACAAAACUAUAGAUAUUGCUCAGUCCAAUACCGUCCCCAUAAAAACAACACCAGUUGAUGAGAUUAAGCAAUUUUUGGAUGGUCGUUAUGUAUGUGCUGCAGAAGCAGUUUGGCGAAUUUAUGGAUUCAGUGUACACCAUAGGACUCCAUCUGUUGAAAGACUUCCCGUCCACUUAGAGGAUAUGCAAACUGUUACUUUCAAGGAUAAUGACUCUUUGUCAAAUGUUGCACGUUGUGCUACAUUCCGCCAUAGUAAAUUACAAGCAUGGUUUGAAGCAAACAAAACAUAUCCAUGGGCCAGAAACCUAACCUAUCAAGAGUUCCCCCUCUCAUUUGUAUGGGAUGCUCAAGGUUGCCAAUGGACCCCAAGAAAACAAGGUUAUGUUGUUGGCAGGUUGCAUUCAACAUAUGUCACUUUCGGAGAUUCUUUCUACUUGAGAAUGAUUCUUACUAGAUUCAAAGGGGCAACUUCUUUUACAGAACUUCGAACUGUCAACGGCUAG